AUGGUGGCGGAGAUGGGGCGAGCGGCGGCGGUGGAGGAGGGUGACGUGGAGUUCGUCGACUACGACCAGGACGACGAGGACGACAUGGAGGAGGACGGCCGCGCCGCCCGCGCGCUCCCCGUGCCCCGCAUCGUUUCCCCCGCCGUGGUGCGCACCCGCGGGCGCUUCGCCGGUCGCAGCCCCUCCGUCCUCACCUCCAGCCACGACCGCUUCGACUCGAUCACCAACGACGGAGACCAUGGUCCCGGCCCGCAGCGCUCUAUCGAAGGCUGGACAAUUCUUGUUUCUGGAGUUAAAGAAGACGCUGAAGAAGAUGAUCUUUACAAUGCUUUCAGUGAAUUUGGUCAUGUCAAGGACUUGCAUCUCAAUCUAGAACGCCGCACUGGAUAUGCCAAGGGAUAUGCGCUGAUUGAAUACGAAAGCUUUGAGGAAGCACAAGCUGCGAUCAGAGCGAUGAGCGGGAGCCAGCUGUUCACGAAAACUAUCUAUGUUGAUUGGGCAUUCAGCAGAGGUCCUAUACAGAAUUUCAAGAGUGCAAGGUAUGGUGUUAAUGCUAAUGGGUUGUUUUCAUUUGCUCCAUUAGCCCACUGGCGUAAAUUUUCUUUUUCUCUUGGCUAUGUAUCUGCAUUGCAUGAUCUACAUCAUGUCUAA